ACGGCGAAACCGUCUUCUUCUUCCUCCAUUUUAGGAUCUUGCUUCAGAGACUCAAUCUUCACCUCUACUCUGUAUAUGUUAGACUCAGCAAUCGCCUCUACUACUUCACUCAAUCAUCUUGUCAAGUUGUGUUUGCUCUCCACGAAAGUUUUCGGGGCUUGUUAUGGCUCCAAAUCCUGUUUGGUGCUCGAGAAACUUGAAGGGAAAGGGAAGGAUGUGAAAGGUUUUAUUUGAAGGAUUCAAUUUCUGUAAUACGUGAAUUGGAAUGGGGGUUGUGGAUACUAUGUUGCAGAAAGAGUCUUGGGUUUCUUUCAGCAAUGGUAGUCAUUCUGUUGGAAUGUCAGAGAAAUUGCCGUCAGAGAAAGGUCAUGUUGUUCCUCAUUCCAUUGCACCACCCAAGUAUAAGCGACGCAAAGUUUGUGUUGUUCGAGAUUUUCCACCUGGGUGUCGGCGGAAUGCUGCAGUCACUAGACAAAGUAAGCAAUCUGCUCCUCUUGGCAAGACAGUGGCUAGGGUUAAGCAUGGGGAUUUGUUAGAGACUGUUAGAGAUUUUCCACCUGGGUGUGGACCGAAUGCUGCAUCAGUCUCUAGACCAAGUGAAGAAGCUGGUCUUGGUAAUACAGUGGAUAAGGAGAAGAAUGGGGAUGUGUUGGAGACUGUUCAGGAGCAAUUAGGUGAAACUGGUCUGGAGUCCCAAGGUACAAGUGUGUUGAAAAGUUCAAUGACAACUGAAGUGCUACAGCAUCCAAAUCAUUUGGUUUCAAAGGUAGAAAAGCCAGUUUUGAUGUCUGAUCAGGUAGGUGGGGAUGGUGCUUGUACAAGGAAGCUUUGCACUGAACUUGAAACUGCAGAAUGUCUCAAUUUUAAAAUCUCGGAUUUAAACAACGUGGAUGUUGCUGCUUCUGAAGGAAAGAUGACCUGUUUGGAGAAGCUUAAGCCUAGAAAAUAUCCCCCUCGGAGAAAGGUCUCAGCCAUUAGGGACUUUCCUCCAUUUUGUGGAAGGAAUGCUCUCUCACUUCCUGAGGAAGAGCGAAUGAGAGCGGCUGCUCUUCAGAAGAAGAAGAGCUUGGAUAAGGAAAAGUUUGGAAAAGAGGACCAAGGAGAUGUGAAACAAGUGAAAAAGGCUAUUCAAGAUGGAGGAGAUGCUAUACAGGAUGGUGUGGGACAUGAUUCUUCUGAGCUGAUAGGAGACAAAAUUAUAUCUGAACAUGAAGAACUUGCUGCUAAAGAAAUAAGGGAGAAAGGUGCAGUUGGAACAUCUUCUGGAAAGGAGAUUAAGGUUGAAAUAGAGGAUAUGGGAAAAAAGGGCACUGAUUCCCACCAAAUUUAUCAAUCUGAAUUUGCUAGUAAGUCCAAUAUAGUCACUGAGAUAGAGAAUGCAGAUCUCCAAGGUUUGGAGAAAAAUACAACCCAUGAGAAAGUUCUGAGAUGUGAUGCUUUGGUCCACACUGAGAAGAAAAGUCUCAAGAAAAAGUCUUUCCCUCUUUCCUGUUAUAAGGAUCAAUUAUCUGAGGGCAAUCAGGAGAGUUCAGAAACUAGUUCGGUCAGAUUGCUUGUGCAAGGUCUAAUGGCUUUAUCAAACUGUCCUUGGAGGCAAAGAAAAUCAGCCUGCAAUUCUAAGCUGCUGCAUGGUUCUAAUGGAAGAGAAGGACAAGGACAUGAUUUCACAUCAUUAAAACAAAUUAAAUCAGCAGAGAAAGUAGUCAAUAAUGCAGCAAAAGACUCUGGAGGAACACACAGAAAAACUAAACCUGUUGGAUCAGGUGAGAGAGGAGCAAAGAAACGUCAUCUGGUGUUGUCUCCACAACCUAUUUCUAUGGUAGCUCCAAUUAAGAGUGAAGGAGAAAACUUUGAAGAAACAUGUGCUGAGAAGAAUCCAUCACCUACAAGAAGUGAUAUGAAUGAAUUGGAUCUCUGGGAUAAGAAAGACUCUCUCCAGCAUGAUGGGAUAUGCAAAAAUGAUGUUAAGAGACAUAAUUAUAGUGUAAGCCUUCCCCCCUCUUGUCCAAGUAAUGCCACUGGUGAAACUCAUGAUAGGAACAAAGUGAGGGAGGUGUUGCGUCUAUUUCACACUGUCUGUAGGAAGCUCUUGCAGGAAGAAGAGUCAGGCUUGAAGCGAGAAGAAGGUAACAAAAGGAGUAGGAUUGAUUACCAAGCAGCAAAGAUUCUCAAGGCUGAAGGAAAAUAUGUUAACACAGGUAAACAGAUCAUUGGACCUGUUCCUGGUGUUGAAGUGGGGGAUGAGUUUCAGUAUUUUGUGGAGCUUAAUAUCAUUGGUCUUCAUCGCCAAUCUCAGAGUGGUAUAGAUUAUCUCAAGCAAGGUGACAAGAUCCUGGCUACAAGCAUAAUAGCAUCGGGAGGCUAUGAUAAUGACUUGUACAACUCAGACAUCUUGAGUUACAUGGGUCAAGGAGGACGCGUGAUGCAAAAAGAUAAGCCCCCUGAAGAUCAAAAACUUGAGAGGGGAAACCUCGCUUUAGCAAAUAGCAAAGUUGAACAUAACCCUGUUAGAGUUAUUCGUGGUGAAGGAAAGUCUUCUGAUUCAUCAGAUUCAAGAGGCAAAAGGUAUGUAUAUCACGGACUGUAUUUGGUGGAGGAAUAUAAGCAAGAACCAGGGCCACAUGGAAAGCUAGUCUAUAAAUUUAAGCUGGUUCGAAUUCCUGGUCAACCGGAGCUUGCUUGGAAAGUAGUAAAAAGGUCCACAAAAUCCAAGGUACGGGAAGGUCUCUGUGUUAAUGAUAUCUCUCAAGGGAAGGAGUUAAUACCCAUCUGUGCCAUCAAUACCAUAGAUAAUGAGAAGCCCCCGCCAUUUGAAUAUGUAACUAGCAUGAUAUAUCCUGAUAGGUAUUCUCCUGUUCCUCCCGAAGGUUGUGAUUGUACUCAUGGAUGUUCAGAUAUGAGGAAGUGUUCUUGUGUGAUGAAGAAUGGAGGAGAGAUCCCAUAUAACCGUAAUGGGGCUAUUGUUGAAGCAAAGCCCCUAGUCUAUGAGUGUGGCCCUACUUGUAAGUGCCCUCCUUCUUGCCAUAACAGAGUCAGCCAGCACGGUAUCAAAAUUCAGCUUGAGAUCUUUAAGACUGAAUCAAGGGGCUGGGGUGUCAGAUCACUGAAUUCAAUCUCUUCUGGAAGCUUUAUCUGCGAGUAUGUGGGAGAACUCCUUGAAGAAAAGGAAGCUGAACAAAGAACUGGCAAUGAUGAGUAUCUGUUUGAUAUUGGGAAUAACUGCCAUGACAACUCUCUUUGGGGUGAAGUAACAGAGCUCAUGCUUGAUGCUUCAUCGGGUUCUUCCCAAGUUGUGCAAGAAAGUGGCUACACCAUUGAUGCAGCUCAGAAAGGCAAUGUUGGAAGAUUCAUAAACCAUAGCUGCUCACCCAAUCUGUAUGCACAAAAUGUCCUCUACGAUCACAAAGACAUGAGAAUUCCUCACAUCAUGCUUUUUGCUGCUGAGAACAUUCCCCCACUGCAAGAGUUGACUUACCAUUACAACUAUAUGAUUGAUCAGGUUUUUGAUGCUGACGGCAAUGUCAAGAAGAAACCUUGUUAUUGUGGUUCUUCAGAAUGCACGGGUAGAAUGUAUUGAAGCAAAGUGCAAGUUCAAUUAUCUGUUGAUUUCUUUGCUCCUUUUCCAGUCAUACAUUCAUUGCUAAGUUUGUCAUUUUCAUAGAUAUAUAUAUAUAUAUAUAUAUAUUCUACCAUAUAUUUUGGAGAA